GUCAAGCCGGAAGAAGCCCUGGAUUGGAUCUUCUGACAUCAUGAGAUUCCGGUUCUGUGGCGAUCUGGACUGUCCCGACUGGGUCCUGGCAGAGAUCAGCACACUGGCCAAAAUUUCCUCUGUGAAGCUGCGGCUGCUGUGUAGCCAGGUGCUAAAGGAGCUCCUGGGGCAGGGGAUUGACUAUGAGAAGAUCCUGAAGCUUACUGCUGAUGCCAAGUUUGAGUCCGGAGACGUGAAGGCCACAGUCGCAGUGCUGAGUUUCAUCCUGUCCAGUGCAGCCAAGCAUAGUGUGGACAGCGAUUCCUUGUCCAGUGAGCUGCAGCAGCUGGGGCUGCCCAAAGAGCAUGCCACCAGCUUGUGCCGCUGUUACGAAGAGAAGCAGAGCCCCCUACAGGAGCACCUUCGGGCCUGCAGCCUGCGUGUGAACAGGCUGGCCAGCGUGGGCUGGCGGGUAGACUACACCCUGAGCUCCAGCCUGCUUCAUUCUGUGGAGGAGCCCAUGGUACACCUGCAGCUACAGGUUGUGCCUGCUCCAGGUAGCCAGGCCCAACCUGUUUCCAUGUCCCUCUCGGCAGACAAGUUCCAGGUUCUCCUGGCAGAACUGAAGCAAGCCCAGGCCAUGAUGACUGCUUUGGGCUGAGAAGGGUGUUCCCAGCCUCUGUGGGGCCUCCCUGCCUGCACUGAGUGGCUGCCCUCCACACUCUUCUAGCAAGGGUGGCCCUGGCCUCUUGAGUCCUGGGUAGGGCUACUGGGGAUCUUCCCCAAAAUUGCCUUCUUUCUUUUGAAAGAAAGUACUUGCCAACCAUUUUUACAGGCAAGAAAAAUAAACAAGUGUACAGCAAUGU